CCCUCUAAAAAAUCGCCCCACCAGUCAGCGGCUUAUAACGUGCGAGGCUACAUUUGACUCCCUUACUUUCGGCUUUUUCCCCCCUCUCCGCUUGCGCAAUGCACUCAUGAAGAAACGUGAAGUGUUAAAUGUUUGAAAUACAAAACCGCCGAAUUUCAUAUGCUGAAAAAGGACUCCGCUACUCGUGUGCGCGGCACUGCUGUGUCUGUGCAAUAGACUCUGCAAAGAAAACUCCUCACACACGCCUGCAAGUCUGAGGCUGCACAAGGGACGCUGAAAAACUCAUUUUUCGUUUUUAAGACAAACGCCUAAAAAAAAUAUCAAACUGGCUCACGUUCUUCCCAACCAGCCCAGUUUGACAGCUGCUCUUCACCCCAUUUGGAGGACUGUCAGCAGCAAGAGGAUGGCAUCAGAGCUGGCAAUGAGCAACUCCGACCUGCCCACCAGUCCCCUGGCCAUGGAAUAUGUUAAUGACUUCGAUCUGAUGAAGUUUGAAGUGAAAAAGGAGCCGGUGGAGCCCGAUCGCAACAUCAGCCAGUGCAGUCGCCUUAUCGCCGGGGGAUCCUUGUCUUCCACCCCGAUGAGCACGCCUUGCAGUUCGGUGCCCCCUUCCCCAAGCUUCUCGGCGCCCAGUCCGGGCUCGGGGAGCGAGCAGAAGACACACAUAGAGGAUUUCUACUGGAUGUCCGGUUAUCAACAGCAGUUGAAUCCAGAGGCGCUGGGCUUCAGCCCCGAAGACGCGGUCGAGGCGCUGAUCAACAGCAGUCACCAGCUCCAGUCGUUCGAUGGCUACACCAGGGGCCAGCAGUUCGCCGGCGCAAACGGAGCAGGAGGCACCAUGGCCGGAGAAGAGAUGGGCUCCGCCGCCGCAGUCGUGUCGGCAGUCAUCGCCGCCGCAGCCGCUCAGAACGGGGCGCAGCACCACCACCACCACCAUCACCACCACAGCGGCGGACACCACCAAGCGCCCGGCGUCCAGUCCAACGGCACCUCCGGGACCAACCACCCACACAUGCGCCUGGAUGACCGGUUCUCAGACGAGCAGCUGGUCACCAUGUCCGUGCGGGAGCUCAACCGGCAGCUACGAGGGGUCAGCAAGGAAGAAGUGAUCAGACUGAAACAGAAGAGGAGGACCCUAAAGAACAGAGGUUACGCUCAGUCCUGUCGGUUCAAGCGGGUCCAGCAGCGGCACGUCCUAGAGGGAGAGAAGACGCAACUCUUGCAGCAAGUCGAGCACCUAAAGCAGGAGAUCUCCAGGCUGGUCCGGGAGAGGGACGCGUACAAAGAAAAGUAUGAGAAGCUUAUCAGCAACGGCUUCAGAGAAAAUGGAUCCAGCAGUGACAACAACCCUUCAUCCCCGGAGUUUUUCAUGUCAUCGAGAAAAUUCCUCCAUCUGUGAUUUCAAGCCCCACUCCUUCGUGCCCUUGGUUUCCUGAGACGACUGAACGACUGAGCAGUGACGACAUCGGAGCCGUUGACCAGUCGCACGAAGACACCUACAAAGCACAACGUUCAAAAAUGACUUCCCUGAAGAAAAGACCUGCUGAAAUUCCUCCAGAUUCCUUACAGUGAACAUCUUUAAAGCCUCGAGCAAUUCACGUUACCCUCCCUGAUAUUUUACCUCCAGCUUUUUUCUAGGAAAUACGGAAAAUCAAUUUAAAAAGAGAGACUCUCCAAAAAAUUCAUUGGGAGGACUAUUUUAUCUUCGGUGGGAAGAUCACAGAUGCAUGCUUCUGUAAAUAGAUCAUAAUGAAACCCUGUUCUUAUUCCUGAUAUAGGAAACAUACCAAGACGUUCUCAGCAUCUCAUACACCUUCUUGACUGUGGAUAGAGUACUCAUGGUUAACUAUUUUCCAUGUAAACCCAGUCUUCUUCUUCUUACCUCCCCAAAGACUAUGUAAUUAUCAGUUUUAAAAUAUCAUUUCUCUUCUCUCUGGAGUUCUUUGGACGAUAAAAAUUGUACUUCCUCAUCUUCUUCUUACUCUCUUUGCAUAACAGCCUAGUCUUCCUCUCCAGUAUCCACUCUAGUUCAUGUAAAUAGAGAUGAAUGAAGACAACAGCAUGGAACAGACAAUAGUGUAUAUUUACCACCUCACCGAUACAUCACAAAGCUCAAUAUUGUGGAUAUUUCAAGAUGUUUCCACCAAGUUUUAAAUACUUGAACUUGUUUUCUGAUAGCUAAAGACAUAGACCCAGAUAUCUAAACAUCUGUCCCUACGUAUUUGAGUAGAAGCAUAAAGAAGCAUUAGCUAUAGGUGAUGCUGUUGUUUGACUUCCUGACAGUGAUUUUUUUGUAUUAUGACUCAAUCUGCCAGGAAAUGGUCAAACUAAAAAGGACAAGCAGGCAUUUCACACAAGCCAUUAGCUGGACUUGGCAAGUUUUUUAUUUAUUGAUAUAUUAUUUAUAAAUGUCAUUUUAUUUUAGAUUAUUAUUUACACUUUUCUCCCAGUAUAUACCUUUUUUUUUUUUUUUUCCCGGUUGUAAUAUCUGCCCUCCACAGCCUCUUAUGAGGGAUGCAACUAAAAAGCAGCUGAGUUAUUAUUUACAUGGUUUAAACAUUGCUCCGAUCCUGAGCCAACAUGCGGGGAGAAGAACACCUCAGUGACUGCAAUGUAGACAUGAAGGCUCUGACCUCCGUCUUCUACUGACUAUGAAGAAAACCAAAUGGACUCAUAGAUAAUAUGCCAAGCCAAUGAACAGACAACCGGAAAGGUUAUCCCUCAGUGGUGAAGACAGAAAACCUUUGCAUGGACAACAGGGGAAAUGAAACCUUGUUGAACACCUCACCUCCACUGUUGUGCAUCCUCUACCUCUCAGUGUGUGCUGUGCAUCAAGGAAUUCAUGACUUUUCUGUGACCCCUCUACUGUCCCUGCAGCCCACUGCUCCGCUGCAUGUCCCCAGAGUCUCAUGAGGAGAGUGUUACUCCGUGAUGAAUGCUACUGAUGGAUGCACAUGGCAAUGGGGAAAAUAAACGCUUGCUCACUUUGACACAAACAAAAUCACACAUCCAAGCACAUACACACAGAUGCACAAUCAUACACGGCUUCACUCAGAUAUGUUGCUGUAUAUAUAUGUACAGUAUAUCCACUAUGUAUAGUCUCAGAUGCUGUACUUUGCAUGUUGACUUGUAGAUGGAACGUGACCAUUAUUCAUAGAAGAGGAUGUGCAGGUAGGCCUAGUCACUCAACUGACUCUCUAAACCAAUGCAAGCUCUUUGUCAGCUCUUUAGUUUGCUUUUUAGUAAAUAUUAAGUGACAUGAGUGAAAUACCUUCACCUCUUCAGUCUUAUUCUUAAAGGUCCUCUUCAGCCAAACAGCAGUGCUGGUAGGUUUUAAACUCUUUGAAGAAACAUAUAACCUCACCUUUGAUGUUAGACAGAACCUGGCCAUAGUCAGCGCUGGUAGGAGGAGGAGGGGCGAAGGCGAACUGGGGCACUCCAAUUAAAUGGCAGCACACAAAGUGGCAUGGGGCAUCCUGCCAGCAACUGUCUAUUCAUCCUAUGUCAAAGGGAUUUGCACAUCUCAGUGAGUCAACGCAUUGCCAGAAAAGUCCAAGAGAGAUCAGGCUAGAUUGGAGAGAAAUGAUUGGCGAGAGAAAAAAAAAGGAUAUUUUGCCCAAAGUUUAAGCGCAUACUGACCUCAAGUGAGCAAAUUUUCCCAAUUGCCGUCCACCUAUAGAACACACUUUCCAGAUCGACAGCUUCUUCUGAGAGGAUUCAUCACCCCUUGACCUUAAACAGCAACAGCAUCAGGCAGCUCUUUGGGCCGUAAUGACCUCACGUCCUGUCUGAGGUUAACUCUGUGUUAAUGAGCAUGGCCCUCAGCUCAACCAGAUGUUCAGCCUUGUGGUUAAAGACCUGUUCUAUCCUGCUGAUACUUUAAUUCUUGCCCACUAUGGCUGGACAUGACUACACUUCACCAAAUGAAAGAUAAUACUGAAUAGGAAUUAGCUUUAAGCCCUUGAUGACAGUCAUGUUUCAUGUUGUACCAAAAAUCACAAUCUAAUCAGUGAGGCCCAUAUUUAGACUUUAAGUGACUUUAUAUUUAGAAUCCCUGUUUUUUUAAGCACCCUUGCGACGCCAAUUUACUGUAUAGAAAAUCUACUUAAUUCAUAUACUGUUAGAGUACACUGAAUCACAUACUGUUAGGGUAUUUACAGUCAGCAUAUAAACAAACAUGAAAUUAAGGCUUACGUCUUAGCAGUGAGUUUUUUUUUCUUUUUUUUUUAAGUAGAAGAUUUAAAGGAAAGGAUGAAGAUGUCACUCAAAACUGAGCAGUUGUAUGCGGUAUGAAAGAAGACAUUGAGCAAGCACUGAUCUUCUCUGAGCCUUAAGGCUUUCCACUUUCUUAGAAGUGAAACAAAGCCAUAUUUCUGCACAGCUGUAGGCAACGUGUGGCAGACCGAUUUGUUUUUCUCAGAUUUUAUAUACUGUGUUACUCUGCCCUGAUAGGCAGCAUGUGGACUUGCAUCUGGCAAUGACCCUGACUACAAUCAGGAAACCUGCGUAGAAGUCCACCUUCAUAUACAAAGUGUAUGCCAGUGCACACAAACACACAGAGGCCCAUCCCUUCUCUUUUUUUCUCUAUCACACACACACACGCCAUGCUAAUCUAAACAGCAAGGCUGUAUGUAAACAGAUCGUCGACAUAAUGGGAUUGUUCAGUGUGCAAACAAUAAGCUGUUAGAGUAAUCACAGGUCAAAGAUAUAUUACCCAGAGGGCCACGCUGUAGGUAUAUUAACAUGAUGGAUAUGUGGUAGAGAGGAGGGGGCAGGGAUAUGAAGGAUAUAGAGCUAUACUGAUUCAGAUUUACCCCCUAUUGGGCCCCGUCCGCUGCCUUUCUCUGUUCAACCUCCCUAAUAUGGGCCCCUCUUAAUCAGCCGUCCUCCCUCUCUUCUUGCUCUCUCCCUCAUUCACACACCUCUUUCUUACACUCUCAGUCCUUUCCUUUCCGUUUCAUCCCUCUAAGACCUCAUCCUUCCUUUUCUAAUUUCAUUGCCUCUAUCCUCCCCAUUUCCCUCUUGGUCAGAAUAGAUAUAAUCUGCUUUCCCCAAAAUGAUCCAUCCAUUUCUUUGGUGGGUUUAAGAACAGGAUAAAGUAGCUCUGCGAUCAUGUUUUUGGAUUAACCGUGAUUUUAGACCACUGACAUGUAUUAUCAGGGCUUUUAUCUAACACAGAGUGGAACAGAAAAACAUGUGUAGCAUUCCUUUAGAUAUAGUAUAUUAAGUUAUAUUUAUAUGUCUAAGAAUUGGUUUCAAUAGUGACCUUGUGAAUGAAGAUGAAACAUACCUCAUGCCCAGUAAUCACCACUUAACUAAGCUAAGAGUAUGGUGCAUAUGUGCUUCAAAGAGAGGCGGCGUACGAGUGGUAUGUCAGUCAAGAUAAAUCUUGUGUGGCUUACUCCAUUGCACAUCUAGCUUAUUAACUUAUCUCCACUUUAUUUGAUUACCAUCUAACCCAUUCUCUCAACUGGUUAAUAAGUCUAUGUCCUCCUGACUAAACACUCCAUUAGUGUCAUCACCGGCAAGCUUGUGUGUACUGCAGACGUCAGUGGGCCAUUGGAGCAGAUACACAUUGAGGCCAAGUGACAAAGUAAACACUGGGCUGAACACUGGGGAGGAAAACAACCUGUAAGACAGAUGAUAGGUACAAAGGUCUGAUGAUGACAGUAAUAGCAAACCAUUUUUCUCAUGCACUUGUAGCUGUAGAGGUGGGUUUUGUAUGUACAGCCCAUAAACACUAUGCACUCUGGGAGAUUAACAUGUUAAAUUUAACCCUGACUUAACUGGUGAGAAAAUAACACAUUUAUUUUUUACCAGGGAAAAAAUGGGAUUCACUUCUGUUGCCUAUGCAGGGAAACAUUUACAAAUGCACAAAUUCAAGCCGUUUUCCUUUCUCUGUCCACACUCCACACACACUAAGACACAGAGCGCCUGUGUGUCUGUGUCUGGUGGGGUGUCGUGAUUAACACUGACCUCAAACCAGACGUGGUUGGGGUAGUGGGAGUGGGGUGAAAGGUGAAAGGAUUACAGUGAGGCAACCCGGGUCAAAUGCUCUGCUCUGACCUCUGGCUCAGAUGUACCAUCUCAUAUUUUAUGACAUAUUAUGUCUAGUGUACAUACCCUCUUUACUACAAGUGCUUUCAUGUUUUGGAAUUUAGACUAAAAUCACAAUGUAUAAAAUGCUUAUAAUGUAGUACAUAAAGCAGCAUAUUAAGGCAGAGAGGAUGAGGGUUAGUCUAAUGAACAGACAGUUACAUGGGCAGAGGAGACCUCCUUAUGUCACGUAGCUAAUGACAGGGAUGAAUAAUAGAGCCUUUUAAGCCCUUAGUCCCUCCUCAUUCUGGCCGGCACAUAAGCUCGUGGUCUGGGUGAGCAGUUAGCAUCAAGCCCCUUGCUGAGAUGAGAUGGGCUCCCAAGAAGAUUUGGGGGAAUGGAGAGAAUCGGAUUAACCAAAAUGCUUCAAUUGGAAUAAAUGCUCUAGGCUGACCGCAGUGUAAUACCACUGAUAAAUGCUAUAAACCAAAUCUUUAGCAUCUGAUAAGAUAAUGGAGGAAACACAUCCUUUUAAGAAUGAUUAGCUGCGGUGAAAAUAGCCGGAACUGGUUGUAUAAGAAUGCAUCCAAGCCCAAGCAGGCUGAGUUGAUAUAAGCAGUGGAGACUUUUACAAAUAUCCAAGUUCUCACUAUAGAAAUAAAUAAAUGGGGAAAUAAUAAAUCGCCAGAAGCUGUGGACAGGUGGCAUUUCAGCCUGCACCGUUUAGCUGUGCAGUGUGGUUUCUGACAGCUUGAUUUAGUCUCCUGCACCUGAGCCAGAAAAACGAGAGAAAAUUAAGAGAGGAAAAACAGCUAAACUAGAUUCCAAUUUGCCUGCUUUGAAACAAUUGAUGAGGCUUAUGGAAUACACAGAACGGGCCGAGCUUAUUUUGAUCGCGCAAAGAUUAUGUGUACUCAUUCAGGGUCAGGUGCACAGGGCAGUUAGAGAGGUAAUAGUAGAUGAUUUGAUUUACCCUAAUGCUGCCAUUUGAGUCUGGCACUUUUUUUGGGCAAAUCGGUCGUUAGGGUGUAAAAUAGAGAUUAAAGUGACUCAAGGGGAGAUGCUAGGAUGCAUGCUGGUCUCCCUGCUGUGAACAGGGAGUAAUCCCUCAGUUUUAAAGAAGUGAAAAGUUUGUAGAGUCCAGAAAGUUAUGCAUACAUCCCUUCUGGCCCCCCUACAGAGCAGCGAGUGUGAGACAGCAGGGGAUAACCAUAUGCUAUCAAAGUGUUCUUCAAAGCUCCCAUCUUUAGUCCACUAAAUUAUACAGUAUCAUCACAUAUACCUGACAAAAACAGAAAAAAACAUAUAAUUAUGCAGCUCAAUGUAAAAAACACAUUUUAGCAAGUAAAUGAAAUGUCGCCUUUAUACACUUAUUUAUUUAAUUGUGGGAUGACUUUGUUUAAACUUUGUUUAAACAGUGGCCAUGUCCCCAUAGUGUGGGUCAGCUCAUGAUUUUGUAUUUACAUGCUUUUAAAAUACUGCUGCUGGUGGACAAUUAAAAAUUUAUGAUUCCUAUCACAAUGAGCCCCUUCACUGUAACCAGAGGUUAAUUUGCACUCGCCCCUCAUUUCAAUUGUACUCUAGUAAAUGUCCACAUUAUUUCCCACAUGGGCCGGGAUGAGGGGUUUGAUUAUCCAAAGGUAGGCCUUGGUUGGAUCUCUUAUUGUCAGAGGGGUCGUAAGCUGCAGUAACAGCUUCUAGGGUCUUAUUGCUAUGGUGAUCAGCCCCUUGCCACUUGGCCUUCGUGACCCCAGUCAGAGAUAAGCUUUAUGGGAAAGCACAUUAACAUGCUCCAGCAGUCACCCCCUCCUUUAUCAAAGGCAGUUCUGUGAAAUCAAGUGUUUAUAGACCCCCAGUGAGGCUGUAGUGCUGCUGAUUGCCUAUAUUAGAGGUUGAGUGUAAAUGAGCUGGAGGUGGACAAAGGACCUGUGCUAGUGGGAAGGAUUGAGUGAGUGAAACUGAUGUUAUUCUCACUAACUGAGCAAUAUCUUUAAUGACUGCAACACCCCAUGAGCAAGUUACCACCCCCAGGAUUACAAAUAUUGUCUGCAGUCUUAAUAAAUCCAUGUCUUCCAUUCUUUCUACAAAAAAUGACACUCCCGUAAUGUAAGAAAUUUUAAAAUGUGCAUAAAGAUAUGAUGUAAUAUAUUUUGCAGUUUUUUGCAGAUUUAUUAUAUUCGCAUUACGGUGUACUCUGUGUACAAGAUUUGUCUUCUAAUGUCUAUUUCUUUGUGUUUCACUGAUGGCAUUUUAUUAUAUGAUUUUUUUUUUCUUGAUUUUUCUGCAUAUUUUAUGUUGAGACGGGCCUUGUCCUGCGGCUUUGAACGAGACAUGGCAAAAAAAAAGUGUCAGUAGCGUGUGCCUGCUUACAGCCUGAUCACUGGUGAAAGAUCCUUUCAGUAUGUCUGCAAUGAUGGAUGGUGAUAGCCCUGUGUCUUUGUACACAUCAGGGGGCUCUACUGUUGUCACUAGAUAGAUAGAGGGAGCGAGAAAGAGAAAGAUGUAGCCGCAGCUUAAUGUCCUUCUCUGGUGCUGUGCAUGCUCUUUCCUAUUUGCUUUUCCCUUCACGGCACGGUUAACAUCGUAAAUUAACCUUUCCAAGCCCCCUGUGCUCAGAGACUGGUGCGCAGUACAGACAAAGGAAAAAAAAUAGAUUUGUGUUAUGCAAUGCGGUAGCACUGGUCAGGGAUGUAGCCUGUUACGAAUUGAGCUAUUCCUUAUUCAGUGGUAGGGUAUAAAACAAGAUACUUUGUUCAGACAAAUAACCAUUCUAUUUUAUGUGCAUGUCCUGUGUACUCUGCAAAUCAGUAUAAGGCUGCUUUUUGUUCUCCAUUCUAGAAAUGUAAAUGAAACACAUGAAAGAACAUGUAUUGUAGACCCCUCUCUUCUUAGUUCAAGUCUGUAAAUAGGAUGUAAAUACCAAACAGCUAUGCAUGCUAAUAUACAAGCAAUUUGUUCAGGUACUUUUGUAAUCCAGACUUCUCAUAUGGCAUGUAAUGAUGAAAAAAAAUCAAACAUGAAAACAUAAUAAAUUGUGACCUCGGCUAUGGUUUGUAAACAAUUUCAAAACUGGAAAAAUAUAUGUCUUUGCUGUUAAUGUUUUCUUACUGAUAACUAAUGCAUUGGCCUGCCAUUUACUACAGUGCUCUGCUCAUGUUUCUUGUUUAUCUUUUUUAUGUUUCAUAAGGUAGGGCUGAGGCAAAAAGCACCAUAAAUCACUGGUUUGUGGAAAAGUUGGGUUGGGGAAUAACAGAGUGAGGGAAGAAAUGACAGUGUUACUCUUUGUAGUUUUUCAUUGCUACUGCAUGUUCACAUGCAUACACUUAAUAAUUAAUUACAUAUCCUUAGUGUCUAACACAGCCGAUAAAAUGCCAUGAUUAAACUGUUUAGCUUAAAAGCACUACAAACUGGCCUGUCCUUUGAGUUUUCUCACCAAAAAUAAGUAUCACCAGCUUUAAAGUGUGCCAUUUUUUAUUUAAAUGGUAUGUUUUUUUCUGAUAUACAAAUGCAAUACGACAAACAACGAGGCUGGUGUAACAAGCGAUUUUGACUCAUUUCAAAUGAUCCAAAUCAUGACUGCAAGGGACUUUGAAAACCUUUCUCAUUUCUAAUAUUAUGUCCAAUAAAAACAAUUAUCUAUGCCAAAUUUGCCUCUGCCCUAGCAACUCUAAGCUGACAUUUUAUGGAGAUAGUGAGGGAUGAAGUAAGAAGAAAAUCUUUUUGAGUUUUAAGAGUGUUUAUUUUCGACCAUGUUACAACAUUAAAUCCCAAGGCGCUCAUGGUAGAUGGAAGUGUCUAAUUUUUAACCUGUGCUAAAGAUAUUUUAAAUUUAAUAAAUAAUUAUUGUAACAAGAAAGCA